CGCUCGUCGAGCCACGCUCGACGCGAAAAAAGAAGAGGAAGUACGAUCAUGGGGAACGCAACUACAAAGAGACAUUAUUCCAAGAGCAUCUCUCUAGCGAGCUCGUCCAAAAGACCACGUUGGGAUGGACCAGGAUUGCCAGCACCUCCGGGCAAGCCAAUUCUUAUACCAGGAACGGACGAUACGCAACCGGACGUCGUUGGAAUACGUUGGGAACGAUCGCCCAGUAACGGCGGAUCGGCCAUCGUAGGUUAUUUGGUUGAACAUCGGCGAAUGGGUUCGGCUCAUUGGGUGCGUAGUAAGCCCGGGCUCUGCACUUUUCCGGAACUAACGUUGAGCGGUCUUGAGCCAGGAUGGCGUUACCAGUUCAGGGUCAGAGCACAGAACGCAGUGGGUCUGUCGGCUCCUAGCGAACUGUCGGAUCCCUUGACGGUAACGUUGCAACGAGCCGCUGCAUCAACCCCACUGUUCGACCUCGAACUCGUCGAUUUGAUCGCCUUGGAGAACGAACAGGCGGAAUUCGUAGUGAGAUUUACGGGAACUCCCUUGCCGAAGAUUUCUUGGUUCAAGGACGGCUUUGAAAUUUUUAGCAGUAGACGUACGAGGAUCUUAACGGAAAAUGGAAAAAGUGUAUUACUUAUUCAUCAGACAGCUCUUAACGACGAGGGUGAAAUCAAGUGUACCGCAACGAAUAGAGCUGGCCACGUUAGUACCAAGGCCAGACUGAUUCUCGAAGCGUUUCCAAAGAUACGACUACCGAGACAGUACGAGGACGGUCUCCUUUUCGAACAGGACGAAACGAUCAGAUUGAAGGUAUCUUUAGCUGGAAGACCACCGCCUACGGUCGCUUGGUUUCACGAUGGAGAACCUCUUUCUCAGGACACACGGCAUAUAUUCGAAACUAUGGACGGAGAAUCGGUUUUAAAAAUACCAGACGCAAAGCGAUUCGACAGAGGAGAGUACACGGUAAAGGCUAGAAACAAACUUGGCGAGGAUUCAUCCUCCUUUCUCGUUACCGUUACAGAUCGACCAGCUGCACCUGGAAAGGUAAACGUCACGAUGACUUUGGGCAGAUCCGUCACGCUAUCUUGGAAAGAACCGGAGGACGAUGGUGGUUGUAAGAUCGGUACUUACAUCGUCGAAUAUUAUAGAAUCGGUUGGGAGGUAUGGUUGAAAGCAACCACGAGCCGUCAAACCGCAGCAACGCUGGCCGAAUUGCUCGAAGGCUCGGAAUACAGAUUUCGGGUAAAAGCCGAGAAUCCAUAUGGGGUGAGCGAUCCGAGCGAAGAGAGCGACAUCAUCUUCAUUCCAGAUUUAAAUAAAGGGGCAACGUCGUCGCAAUUAACUGGAAAGUCUCAGAGCCAAAGAGAGAUCAGUCGGUCGCGUGGCGAUAGACGCGAGGUUAGUUUCAUCGAGCCAGCUCCGAGGAGCAGAAGCCUUACGAGAGAAGAAGCAGGGACAAACGGGCAAUCUCCUUUCGGAGGACGAUCCUCGUCGGCACAAAGAUUGUCGAUGGAAAGAUCAUCGAGAGUCGACAGUAGAGUCACCUUCGGUCCAGACACCACGAUACACGUUGAAAGAACCGUACCGCCUGUACCGCCGGCUAGGUCGAGAGAUCAUUCCAAAUACGAAAAUCGAUCGGAGAGUCGUACGAUACGACAGGAUGUUACCUCUGGGAAAAUUAACAACGAAUUGCAGGAAGGCUCGGAGAUUAAAAAAAGAGCAAUGUCCCCGACGGUUUCAGUUGCCGUUGAAACGAAGAAAAGGCCAACGCCACCACCGACGUCCUACGACAACAUAGCGACGGCGAUCUCGGCAUCGCCUAGAAUCGAUUCGAUCGGCCGUCCUUCGUCACUGUCGAGAGAAAGAAGUUUGUCCCCCCUUUCGUUGUCUCUAACACGAGAGAAUCUCGAGGAAAAGGGUAAUGGGUCGCGCUCCCCGCCUCUCCGGCCUAUAUCAAUUUUGAAGAAGCAAAAUGGCCUGACCGAUGACGCCGAUGCGAUGCAAUUGGCGGCAUCGCCUAGAGAGAACAACGACAUAUUGCACGAUAGUUCAGAAUUCAUGUUGGUCUUGUAUCCGAAGGAUGAAGCCGAGAACAAGGAGAAUAAUAAAGGAUUGGAUUUGACAGGACGAGGUACAACGGAGGUGUUAGAAGACGAGAAGGAUUUGGUACCGCCUCCAAUGUCUCUGUCUCUUCCCGAAUUGUUCAGUAGAGAACACGAAGUGAUAGAGAUAAUGCGCGAGGCGGUAAGCUCUACGGAGAUGUUACACGAACGUGCCAUGGAACGUUUUUAUAAAGCCAUGGAAGCUGAGAAAGAGUCGGAAAGCGCGAAGAGAAAGGAAGCAUUGGAGAGAAAAACCGGAGAACUGGCUUCCAUCGUGAGACAGGACUUGGAAAUGGGAGGAGCUUGGAAAACCGUGAUAACGUCCUCGGCUCUUCGAAGAAAGCUGUCCAAUUCUGGUGAUGGAGCAGCACAAAAUCUGAUCUCCUCUUGGCAAGCUAAGAAAACUCGCAGAAGAUUAAGCGAGGGUCAGGUCGAGGGGAUCUACAAACCUAUGAAGCUUCUUUCGCCGUUGCUAUUACCGGACGUCGAGGCUAGAUCCGAUCCUAAUCUACCUACCGUCGAAGAGACCAUAACUGCAAGACCUUGGAGGAGGAGCAGCGACGAGGAGGGAGCUGAACGUCUGCGCAGAUGGCACGAAACCAACGUGCCUUUGCUCGAGGAAACUUUGGUAGAGAAAUCGAUAGGCUUGGGAGUCGACUCGGGAGUUGAUUCCACCAAUCGGACGAUUUCUCCGUUUCAAGAGGUCGCGUCGGAUAAGCAAGAUCAAAAGGACGAGCGAGUGCAGGAAGAAAAAGAGGAGGAGCGGAUGGAGGAGGAGGAGGAGGAGGAGGAAAGUGUCGAGACGUCGGAAGAAUCGUCCGAAGAAAUGAGCAGCGCCGAUAGCGAAGAUUUGAAAAAUUUGAAGCAAAGAAUUUUGUCGAGACAAGUUAUGGAAGAGGAAGAUACGUAUCAUCCGAGAGGUAGACCAAUCCCGCACUUCGAUAGCUUCGACAAGCCACAUUUUACCGAAUACGGCUUCGAGGCUUCGAUCGCGAAUGAUUCGACGGUUCCAUCGAUUUGGAUUCAACCACCCUUGUCACCUACGAACGUUCAACCGAAGUCGAUCCUGAAGAAACCCAAGGAAGAUGGUACUCUACGAACGAACGAAUUUGGCAAAGCCGUACCACCUGACAAACCGAUAAGAAAAGUACCACCCGUUAGACAAGAGGAUGCGUCGAAUCCGAGGGAGGUUAAUUUGGCUGAUACUAGAGAGUAUUACGAUACGAUGAAACCCGGCGUCAUGUCGGAAUCGGAUACCGAUAGCGUUUUAUCGGCCGGAGAAGCGGCUAAGAAUCGCAGAAUACAAGCUAAAAUGCGUUCGGCAACGCCCGAAGAGGAGACUUCGAACGAAGCCGACGUCGAAGCAAGAAUGGCAGUCGUCAGUCAUUACACCGAGAUCGUACGUGAACAUUCGUCGAGCCAUAAUACGAGGAUUCAGGAGGAGGGUACCUCGAGACGAGGCUCCUUCUCGGAGUAUCGAAGAAACGAUGGACCGAGUAAGAACAAAGUAUCCGAUACUAUGACGAGCAAACAGAUUCGAGGGAACGAAGAACCGUCGUCCGGUGGCGAAGCGAUCGUUAGAAGAAAGAAUAGCGUUGGAUCGCGUGGCACGACCCCUUCCAGAGACACGAGGCUGGUCAAAGAGAGGAGAGAGAGCAGAGCUUCUUCGAGAACAAGAUCGCCAAGUUCUAGAUCGAGGAACGUUUCCGUCGAAAGAGGCACUAAUUCGAGAUCUUCUUCGAAAAGCCGAGUACGCGAUCCGUCACGAGAAAGAAACGAUCGACCAGGAUCGAGGACAACGUCGGAGGAACGAGCAUUCGCUAGAGAGAGAUCCGUCGAUCGUAGCUCACGAAAUACAAAAGGUACCUCGAGAUCGAGCUCGCGAGACAGGCAAAGGGCAACUACACCGGCCGAACUUAAGAUCGAACGUUUGCAAAGGGCAUUGGAGAGCAAAAAAUACAGAGCUCAGAAUAGAACUCGAUCGGAUGUCGAUAAAUAUUAUCCGGACUCGUCUUCGACCGAUCGUGCCAAUGACAAACGUCUUGCGCUUCAAGCUCGGAAGACGGUGAAGUCGACGGUCAAUUAUAUAACCGACCUGACGCUUCUGAUGGCCGCCGUUUACGUUUAUCUCUUCAAGAAGGAGACUAUGGCGAUACCCUUUAUCGCCCUUCUUCUUUACAGGCGUAUCCAAGAAGGCAUUCGCGAGCGUAUAUCGGGACGUUGGUGGUCCUCCAAACGCAAGCACUGACCAAUUAGAAUGUUCGCGAUAUCGCGGAUCGUAGGAUCAUUUCGUUUAUUUCUUGGUAGGGGAUGGAUUGUUUAUCCUAUAAAUCGAAUGAAAGGUGGCGCGGUAGAAGAGUAUUUUUUACGUACCUAAUCGAGAGCUCCUUCGUAUUACUCAUUGUUUCUCUCUUUCUCUAAUAUGUCCGUCUAACAAAUCUUUAUUAUCUUUCAGUUUACAUCGCGCGAACGAUAGUCUCUAUUUUAUACGCGUUAAUCGGUCCUAUUUCGCUCUCUAGUCCAACUUUCGUACAACGACUUUGCGAUCGUUUAAAGGAACAGACGGAAGAGACAAACGCGUCAUUUUAUCACGGAAUUAUAUCUUAUUUGUAUGCUUUAUGAGGAAAUACCUAGGUAAGAGUAUAUAAAAAUUAUUACUAUCUAAGAAAAUAUAUGUAAUUUAUAAAACAUAAAGUCGUUUUAUUAUUACGA